AUGAAUCGUUUAAGAAGAACAUUCAGCUUUCGGAAACGAAAAAAGCAGAAUAAGAGUGAGGCUGGUGAUUCUUCAAAACCACAACAAUGGCUAGAUGAUGAAGUGAAAAUCAAGGAGGGAUUCUGUAGUUUCCAAGUUAAGUAUUUAGGGAAUAUUGAAGUUUAUGAGUCAAGAGGAAUGCAAGUAUGUGAAGAAGCGAUUAAAGCUCUAAGAAAAUCAAAGAAACCUCAAAAAGCUGUUUUAUCUGUCAGUGGUGAUGCUCUACGCGUUUCAGAUGACGUUAGCCAGCAUCUCAUCGUCGAUCAGACAAUUGAAAAAGUUUCAUUUUGUGCUCCUGAUAGAAAUCACGAGAAAGGAUUCGCAUAUAUAUGUCGCGAUGGAGCUACCCGCCGUUGGAUGUGUCACGCCUUUCUUGCCGUCAAGGAAUCCGGUGAACGGUUGUCUCAUGCUGUCGGAUGUGCUUUCGCUAUAUGUUUGGAGAAGAAACAAAGACGUGAACGAGAUGCUCUUCAGUUGGAGGCUUCAGAUGAUCGUCCAACUUUCGCUCGUGUUGGAUCGUUUCGUCCGGCUACUCUCGCUGAACGGCUACUGGAUCCUCAGUCUACUAUUGUAGUCGACCCAGUGCCAAAACCUAAUAAUAUAUCUUCAACAUUACCUACCACUAUAACUCGGGUGUCUUCACCAGUUAACCAUAUUGGAGCUAUCCCACGACCCCAUGCUAGUCCAUCAAUUAUUGAGCGACAAGGUUCGCUAAGAAUAUUUCCAAAAUUACAAGAGAAUAGUCCUUUCAAAAGAGAUCUUUCAUUACGUCUUGAAGGAGUUCCUUCAAAUGUACGCCGUUUGACCGGAAUAAUUCAAAGCGCACCCAUAGCGGAGGAACCAGAUACAGAAUUUGAACCAACAAAACUAGGAGUAUGUGCUAAAAAUAAUGGGCGACCUGAAAAAAACGAAUUAGUUACUGUAUGUUCUACGUCUAAUUGUAGCCCACCCAUAGUAGUGGCCAGUUCAUCUUCGAACCUUUCAAUUAUGAAUGGUCUAACUGUAGUAACUCAAUCAUUUGUACCUAGUAGCCAGUUUAAAAGUGAUUUCAAUCUUGAUCUUAGAACAUCACAGGCAUUUAUACCUCCAAUUAUUUCGGAUCCUUUUUCUGCUGCUCCAAUCAAUCCAGCUACAAUACAACGGCACUAUCAGAUGGAAUUGCAACAACAGACAGCCCAACAACAACACCAGCAAAUCACAGGUUCUUCACUACUAAGUUCCAAAGCUCCAACGGCUGUUGUUUCAACUAUCAGUUCUACACCAACUUCACCAUUUUUAGGCGGACCACCAAUUGCUGCUCCAACUGUAUCGACUAAUACUUUUAAUUCUAGUCCAUGGGCAGUCACAUAUCCACAGAUGCAACAAUUUAACAAAUCUAUUAUUCAGUAUAGUUCAAAUUUACCAAGUUCUCCUACUGGUACAGUGAAUUCUCAAACAAAUCUAACUUAUCCUUCCAAUGGUGUUUUAAAAUCAGGUUCCACAAAUCCAUGGUCAUCAUCAAUCGGAUUGGUUGAUGGAAGAAACGUUAGUAAUGCAAACUGGCAACCUUCAUCACCAUCGUCAUUGCCACCUGCUCUUCUACCUCCAGAACCUGAUUGUCUUUCGGAUCCAUUCGAUUUAGGUUGGGUGGAUAGAGCUACAGCUGGUGUAUCGAAUACAUCAAGUGGACGAGGCAUUAGUAAUCCAUUUCUAAUUGCUAAUGGGGGUGGUGAUGAUAUCCCCAAUCCAAAUGCAUCAUCUGUUCAUUAA